AUGUCUUUGGUUGAUGGACUUUCACAUUUCGUGCUUGCAGCACCAAACACUAGUCUAUUUGAACAAUGUGUAGAAUUUUAUACUUCGUUGGGGUUCGAGACUGUGGCCAAUAAUAGUAACAUUAUUAAAAUUAAUGGAAAUUUUGGCAGCAUUACUCGAGAAUGCGUAUCCUCGCAAGAAACUUGGUUGAAUUUAUUUGGAAAAAAUUCUGUACCUGAUAUCACUAUAAAAUUGAUUUUAUCACCAAAUGCCGUGGUAAAUGAUAUUCCUAUAGAUAAUGGCGAUUUGAGGGAACACAAUGUGUGUUUUGUUGCUGUGUCGCAAAGUAUCACUGUCCUCGAAUCAGCUCUGAAAUCCAAAAACCGUUUGUACCAAAAAUUCACAUAUCCCGACAUUAAUCCACUUGAUCCGCUUUUUUCACCUCCCAAGGAUGAAUUCAUUCAUGCCGUACUUUACACACAUGAUCCGCUAAAUAAUUUGAUCAGUUUCACAAAUAAACUGAUACCAUUUAGUAAGAAUAUUUACGUAAACCGACAACAGCCUGAAGUAGUGAUACCCUUAAAGACAGACGGAACUGAAUCAACUAGUGAUGAACGACGAAGAAGAAUUGGAGUAUUGACUAGUGGUGGUGAUUCGCCUGGGAUGAAUGCAGCUGUUCGUGCGAUUGUAAGAGUAGCUAUUUCGCGUGGAUGUGAAGCAUAUGCGAUAUUUGAGGGAUAUGAAGGGCUGGUGCAGGGCGGAAAUAUGAUUAGAAAAUUUGGUUGGGGUGAUGUGAGAGGUUAUCUGUCCAUUGGUGGUACUCUUAUAGGGACUGCAAGAUGCAACACUUUUCGUACUCGAGAAGGCCGAUUAAAAGCAGCAUGUAAUUUAGUAAAAAAUGGAAUUGAUGCGCUUAUUAUAUGUGGUGGUGAUGGCUCUUUGACCGGUGCAGAUAUAUUAAGGUCUGAGUGGUCUGGUUUGUUAGAAGAGUUGAUUAGAGAAGGACGACUGACACAAGAAGAGGCUGCACCUUUCACUCACCUUGUAAUAGUGGGGAUGGUUGGCUCUAUUGACAAUGACAUGUCAUCAACAGACCUUACAAUCGGGGCAGUAACAUCAUUACAUCGUAUUUGUGAAGCUGUCGAUAACAUCUCUUCGACAGCUUCAAGUCAUUCGCGUGCUUUUGUUAUUGAAGUAAUGGGCAGAUAUUGUGGAUGGUUGGCUUUGAUGGCUGCUGUUAGUACUAGCGCAGAUUUUGUAUUCAUUCCCGAACGUCCUCCAUCUGCUGACGAUUGGGAAUCUGAAAUGUGUGAGAUUUUAAAACGGCAUCGUAAACUUGGUAAACGUAAAACCAUUGUUAUAGUUGCAGAGGGCGCGAUCGACAAAAAUCUUAACCCUAUCAAGGCGAGCUAUAUCAAAGAGCUAUUGAUUAAUCGCGUGGGAUUAGAUACUCGCGUCACUUGCUUGGGUCAUACGCAGAGAGGAGGCAGACCUUGUGUCUAUGACAGAAAUCUAGCUACAAGACAAGGAGUUGAGGCUGUUGAAGCUGUUCUUCGAUCUACCGCGGACACACCUUCUCCAAUGAUCGGCAUCCGUGAAAAUAAGAUUACUUGUCAGCCAUUAGUGGAAGCCGUUAAAUUAACUCAACAAGCCGCCAUUGCUAUUGGCAAAAAAGAUUUUAGACGGGCAAUGGAAUUACGCGACCCUGAAUUUGAAGAAGAUUACAAUGCGUAUGUUGCUACAACUAUAAUAGAUGAUAAUUCUAAGGUUUUACCAGAACACCAGCGUCUUCGCAUUGGUAUUAUUCAUAUUGGUGCUCCAGCCGGAGGAAUGAAUCCAGCAACCCAUGCAGCCGCACGAAUUGCUUUAAAUUGUGGCCACAUUCCAUUGGCUAUACAGAAUGGAUUCCCUGGACUUUUAGACGAUGAUGUAUACGAGCUCUCGUGGAUCGGUGUCGAUGGGUGGACAACAAAAGGUGGCUCAGAAUUGGGCACAAAUCGAACAGAACCGAAUAUCGAUCUGGGAAUGAUUGCGUAUAAAUUUCAAAAGCAUAGAAUUGAGGCAUUACUUAUGAUUGGUGGAUUCGAAGCAUUCUCAUCUCUUGUUACGCUAACUGCUGCACGGGACAAGUACCCUGCAUUCUGCAUACCAAUGGUGUGUUUACCGGCAACUAUCUCGAAUAAUGUACCAGGAACUGAUUUUUCAUUGGGUUGUGACACUUCGUUGAAUGCUAUUGUUGAUAGCUGUGAUGCUAUUAAACAAUCUGCAUCAGCGUCCAGACGAAGGGUUUUUGUGGUAGAGACACAAGGUGGAAAGUGCGGAUACCUUGCUGUAUUGGCUGGACUUGCGGUUGGCGCCACAAGUGUAUACAUUCCUGAAAAGGGAGUAUCAUUAAAAACUUUACAGUCAGAUAUCAAUCAUCUAACACGUCGAUUUGGCGAAGAUAAAAAACGGACUAGUUCAGGACGUUUAAUUCUAAGAAAUGAGUGUGUUUCUAAUACAUACACAACAAGUUUAAUAGCCGACAUCUUUGAAACAGAAGGUCGAGGGCUAUUUGAUUGCCGAACAUGCGUGCUCGGACAUAUUCAACAGGGAUCUUCGCCUUCCCCACUUGAUCGAAUACGCGCGGUAAGACUUGCCGUGAAAUGCAUCAACUUUUUAGAGAAACACGCGUUGAGUUCAUUGGCAGAUGACGCUAGUAGCACACGUCCAAAAGUAUUUAAUAACCAGAAAGAAUCUGCAGCAGUGAUUGGUAUUCUCGGUGCACAUGUUGAUUUUAGCCCGGUAGUUGACUUGGUGCAAGAGACUGACAUGAAUAAUCGUGUCAGUAAGAAAGCAUGGUGGCUUAAGCUUAAAGGUUUAGUGGAACUCUUAUCUAAGUGGGGAUACACAGAAGAUCACCUUACCACACUAAAUUAUUCACCACAAUAG